AUGGGUCUCCUGGAGCUGGUGGCCUCAAACAUUGUUUUGCAAAUCGUUUGUUUGGCUAGUGACUUUGCGCUGUUGGGGAUCUUCAAUUACUUCAAAAGAAAACUCCAACAAAUGGCAUUCCUGAGGCUGCUGGUGUUGCUGAUUGUUGGUGUUGCAGUUGCUGGAGCAGACUGCGGUCCCGAAGACCCGCAAAAAAAAAGGAACAACAGUGGACUGCGGUCCCGUGUGUUCCUGUGUCGGGACGUUUGCGGCAAAGAAGUGAGGGGCGCCGGCAGAUACGGACGUCAGCUGACGUUUGUCGGGGCAAUGCUGUUCCUGGACUGCGUCAGGCAGGCGGACCUCAAGGAGGUGAAGCUGCUGUCGCUGACGGUCUGCAUUGGGCGUCAAACCGACAUGGAUUGUGUCGUGAUGCCUUGGAGGUGGUGCAAGGAAGUUGUGUCACCCAAACUGGAGAUUUUGACGGCGGCAGUUCCGCCGGUGGUUGAUGAGCCUUGCCCAGUGGCGCCGACGGCCAACCUGGCGGUCGUCCACGUGCCGGCAAGCAAAACGCCGUUCAUGGUCCGGGCGCCGCCCUUGACGCAACAAAGCAUCGUAGUGGCCCAAGAGGUGCCACAUGUCAUCAGGGCACCAUCGUUGACACCGGAGGUGACGGUCAACAUCAAACAUGGUGUUGCGCACUUCGAGGCGGACGUGGACCCAUGGACGGCCAUGGUUCUGGUCUUUAUGGGCCUUGGAGGGGCUGGAGCCAUGUCUCUGGCUGUCUUUUUGGUUUGGCUGGUCAAGUUCAUCAGGAACAAGUCAUUGUACAUGCGGGAACUGGUGCAGAUGCUGAUGCCAGAGGAUCAGCAGGAUCCGGAAGCCCAACCAGUGGUGGAUCUGCUGGGGCUGGAAGAGACGGAUAAACCCGUCAAAGGAAAGAGAGAGGAAGAGUUUUUCCUCGAGGACACUAAUCCUUUCAAAGAAAUGUUGAACGCGUAAAAUAUAAGUCGCGUCAAACAAAGAGUGCCAUUUUCGUACCCGCGUUUUAUAUGAGUCCUUGGCAAUAGAGAAAUUGUAAAAAGAA